ACGACGUGUUGAUUGGAGCUCCUCUCUUCAUGGAGCGAGUGACAGAGCAGCUACAGGAGAGAGGACAGGUGUUGUUGUACCUGCAGAGAAGACGCGGCUCCUUCUCGUCCCAGCCUGACCAAUCACUGAUCGGCUCCUCUCUGUACGGGCGGUUUGGCUCCGCCCUCGCUAUGUUGGGUGACCUGGACAUGGACGGAUACCACGAUGUUGCCAUUGGAGCUCCGUGGUCAGGUGACGGUGGGCGGGGCCAGGUGUUUAUCUACCUGGGUAAUAGUGAUGGUCUGUCGGCCACGCCCUCCCAGGUGAUUGACAGCCCGUUGCCUAGCAGCAGGACCGCCUUUGGGUUUUCUCUGAGGGCCGGGACUGACGUCGACGGGAACGGAUACCCAGACCUGCUGGUUGGAGCGUGGGCUGCAGACCAAGCUUAUGUCUACAG